CACGGAAGUGGAGCGGCUUUAGUGAGCUCAGAAAGUGAAAGCAAAUCAGGCCGCAGCAGGAGUAAGCACAGGUAAUGCUAAGGAAGUGUUAGCUUUACUUCAACUGCUGAGGUACACAAACCGACUGAGGGGGGAAAACAGACCAAGAAUCGGCUGUAGCUAUUUCAGUCACAGCGAGGAGUAGAGGCUUCCCUGGGACCACACUCUCUCUCUGUCUUUCCAGCCUGUUGCCCUUCCUUGUCCCAUUUUCCAAUAUGAACCAAUAUAAUAGGUGCAAUGAUGAUGACGACCUGCCCCAGAUGGACGGCACAUGCGAUGCAUGUGAACCAGACGAAGCACAGUCUGCUAUACAAAUGUGUGUUAUUUGUCGCUUUGCCUUUUGCGUGGUCCAUGCUGAGAAACACACACGCAGCACCAGACAUCCACUUCAGCCCUACAACCCUCCAGAACCUGGAGCAAAUUCCAACGCCGACAUCAAUGCUCAACCAGAGGCAGACGCGAACCGACUGGAAGAGGCCGAGGCCACUGGGGGUGGAGCUGAAGGGGUGGAGGGGCAGGAUGAGGAGCAGAGUGGGUGUGAAUCAGGAAAGAGAGACACAGUGACAGUAGAAAGACUGAGAUGUAAGGAACAUGGACAGGAGGGAUCGUUGUACUGCAAACAGGACGAAAAGAUUGUGUGUGUGUUGUGUGCUGUACAGGGAGAGCACCGUGAACACGAGAUCAUCACACUCCAGGAAGCCUACAUGUGGCAGAAGGGUAAAGAGGGCAUAGAUUUGCUGGCGUGUACUCAAGAAAUGUCUGAGAAGAUCAAGACCAAGUGGACCAGUCCAGAUAUGAGCCCAGAGGAGCUCGAGUGCUACGUCAACCAGCAGUUUGACGAGUUACAGAGGCUGGUGCGUCAGGAGGAGUGGCGUGUGCUUCACCUGGUAGACCUGAAAGAGGCGUUUUUGACGGCACACGCUGCUGAGAAGAUUGCUGAGAUCAGCGUUCACACCGAGAAACUGCAGGAGGAAAUGGACUCCAUCACACAGCAGCUGGGUGAGCUUGACCACGCUGAGCAAAAUGGCGUCGCCCCAGCCAACCUGGCACCUCUGCUGGCGGGACAACCUCGGCCGCCUGGUGCUGCUCUACUGGAAGCAAGACCUCUGAUGGACCCUGAAGCCAGACCAAGACUACCUGCUCAGCAGCGAGACCCUCAGGAUCCUAGAGACUAUGGAGAUGGAGAUGAUUCAUCCAUGGGCCAUGCUCCAUAACAGCAAGAAUACAGUCUAAUGCCUUCUAUCUUCUGCCUUAUUCUUAUAAACUGGAACGGUCUGCCUUUAUAGCUACUGAAACUUCCUUUCAGCAUCGACUUACUGCUUGGAUUGUUGCCUUUUUUCUGUAGCAUCUUCGCUGCUUGUCCUCUCCUGAGGAAGAUGAGGAAUUGAAUGGAGUUGAUUGCAAUCAGAGACGUUCUUCAAAACCAGUCAGACACCAGGCUGAGGAUUUGCAGCUGAUGUACUCAAAAUGAAAGACGGGAAUGUAAACUGAUUCCAAUUUGCCUUUACUUUAUGAUUAGAGUGCUGGGUUUGUGGACUAUGAACACCCAACCUAGCGCACAAGUGCAGUGUAUACUAGGUUAAAAUAAAUCUGUUUUAGUUUUACCCCAUUUCCUCCCUAUUUUGUUUGUUUUUCUAUGUACCAGCUAUGUAUGUCCUGUCACAUGAAGGCUACCAACCAGGGAGGGUGAAAGCUAACCCAUGCUUCCUCAGAGACUAACACUUUCCUCCUCAGAAACAUGCGAAGCCAGACACUGCAUCAUUUUGAGUGCCUGCUCGUGCAAUGCAGGGCAGCAUAAUGCACUCAGAGGAAAGUGAUAACUGCCCUUGUAUGUGAGUUCACAAAUGCCGAUGAUUGGCCGCUCUGAAAGACAUGGGAGAGAGUAAAACACUCCCUUGCAAUCAAAGAGCGCGCACAGUUUAGCUCUCUCGCUGUGGCACUGUCAUGAGUCAAACCCUGCAAUCUCCCUGUGAUCAGAGCCUCCCAAGAGCUGUAAAAUCUGAAGAAGGUAAGAAAGGUUGGAAAUUGUUAUCUGUGGUUGUCCACAUAUAGAUUCAGUACUGCAACAUGCCUUAAAAACAAACCAACAUCAGUUUGGUAAAAAUCCCAAAGUCAGUUUGAUGCAAGAGAGACAGAAAAGUGGGAAAAAUCAAGUAAAAAAAAGUAACAUGAAAUGUUUUUGUCUCAAACGAAUAAACAGAAAUGUGUUGUUUA